AUAAAAUCCAAUUUAUAUGAUUGGCACGCUAAUUUCGAACUCGCAUACCUUGGAAAACUCAAAAUUAUCAGCCCCAAAUGAAUCGUAUAUCGAAUCCUUCGCGUCGCCAGGCGAGUGACGUCUUCAUUGGUGACCCCUUCAAAAUUCACUCAUACAACUUUCGCUAUGCCGACAAGCCAUUUUAUCCGGUCCAGAACUAUCAAAGACCUCCGGCGGCACCGACUCCGCCGGCACUGGUGAAGAAGGCCUCCUUCCAGACCUUCUACCACAAUCCCAGAUUCAGCCAGGAUCCCGAGUACAUUCCGGCAAAAAAGAGUCCACAAACUAGCUCCUAUAGGCGUCGCCUUUUGCUGGAAUCUAUGGAUAUGCCCUUGGGAUCUACGGUGACAACGCCGGAGAGACAGAGUGUACCGGUGGCUCCGCAGACGAAGCGUUCUCCCACAGCCACGGAUUCGCCGCUCCUCAGGACAUGCUGUCAAAGUGUGCGCUACGAGGCUAUGAGACGGGGUCCAAGCAACACGACUUUGUGCCAGAGUACCACGAAUCUCAUACGAUCAGCUGGCGGCGGUGUGCCUUCUACUUCAACCACCACCUUCUCCAUGGACUCCAACGCCCAUCUGCAGAACAGAAGAAGCGGCUGCGGUAUCAGCAUCGACAUCUGCAGUGUGGGUUCGCAAUCUGAGGUGGACAACAAUGUGAGCAUCCAGAUCGCAACGGAUGCCUAUCUGCUGAACAAUACGGACAAGGUGAGGACCAAGUCCAAACCGGUGCGCUGUACGCCCAGAUCCAGCGGCACCUUUGGCAUCGACAAGCGACUGUCCAAGUUCAAUGUGAGCGAGACGAAACCUCGGACGAGUCCGGAAUGGGAGCUCCGGCAGAGAGAGAAGGCACGAGAAGCGGAGCGCCAACAAAAACGGGAGCGGGAUCGACAGUUGUUGGAGGACCGACGCUUGGAGCAGGAGAGGGAACUUCAGGAGGAGCGAGAGCGUGCCCGCCAGCGGGAGCGAGAUCGUGAGCAGCUCCGCCAGUUGGAGCGCAUGCGAGAUGAGGAGCGACUCCUAGAGUUGGAAGUGGAGCGCGAGAGGCAGCGAUUGCGGGAACUAGAGCGGGAAAACCAGCGGCACAGAGAAUACGAGCGGCUGUGUGCCCUCCAGGAGCAGGCGCGUCGGGAGCAAAUGGAUCUACUGUGCCAAGAGAACAUACCUCCCCGACCGUCAGUUCCAAUGACCUCGCACUUGUACACAACCACCUCUGAUGAUCGUUUGCCCGGAAUGGCCUUUUGUGAUCUAUCGUCCCGAAGGUCACGUCGAUUGGAGAAUCCGACCAGACCGAAAGAAAGACGGAAGACUAGAGUAUGUCAGGAUCCUAGAAGUGUCUCGUCCGCUACCCGUUCACUUACUCCCCCGCCGAUCCUUACCCGGAAUAGCAGCUCCCCAUCACCCUCUUCAGAAGCGCCGUCUUCUACACCCACCUCCCGUUCCUCAUCUCCAAAUCGCAGGUCAAACCGCUGCUUCAGUUCAACACCUAAUCCCGAUUCCCAACGAUUCCCUCCUACAAUUCCAAGAGAUCUAGUUCGCAGUAGUUCGGGAACUUCGAAUGGCAAUGUCCAUGUCACAGUGACCACCACCGGGCGACGGAGCAACUGCAGCAUGAGGCGUUCAUCCAAUGACCGGGCUAGUGAGCAAAAGCAGCUAAAUGGAAACCAAACCUGCGUCGCCUGUCUGAAUAAUAUGCCCAUUAGGAUAACCACAUCUCGGUCCAGGGAUACGGAUCUAGCCUUCAGUCUGAACCAUGUGAGGAUGAGGGGAUCAUCACCAGCGCCCACGGAAAGGAGCAGCAGUCAGGAAAGCCAAGAUUCCUGUCAGGUUAACAUCAGCGUGUAUGCGGAUAAACUGCGUUUGAUGCGUUUAUAAUAAUAUAAGGGAAAAGUGGGGGAUUAUAUGUGUGAUUUUUGGAACAGAUCAUCUCUAGAAUAUAGAGCUAAGCUGUUCCAGAAGACGCUCAUAUACUCCCCUAACUUUUCUAUAUUAGAAUAGCGCCAAAAUUAGUUGUAUCAUUGCUGUUUUUUUGACUUUUAAAUGUUCUUAACUAAGCUAAAUCCGAAAAUUAUAUUCCAAACUAUAGUUUCU